AUAUAUGCAUACGUAGACUGUCUUCAUGUUCCAUCUCUAUUUGUUUACGCCUUUUCUCCACGCGCGCAUAUCAGAAUGACGCGUAUGUUGUGCCCGUCUUGGGUAAUUCCAUUCUCGUGAAUUUAUUAUAUCCAGUGGAUGGACCGCAGUGAAUGCUCGAACAACGAUAUGUAAGGAGGCGCGGAUUGCAAUUAAUAAAACUACGUACGGUGUGUCUUAACAUGCGGAUUGUUCGACAAAUUUCCACGCUAUUAAUAAUUUAUGCAAUUAAAAUCAAUGUAACAGAAUGUGAAAUAAAUACGUUAUAUUCUUUUAGAUAUAGUACUGAUAAUAUAAAGUUAAUAAUCUGUAUCGAUGGCCUACUAUGUAUCGGAGCAACUAAUUGCACCGAUAGAUCGAAUGAAAAUUCGAAAUUAUGCAGCAGAAUUGGAUGGCCAUCAUUUCUAAAGUUGGUUCGACCACCAAUGGAAACGAUACGACCACCACCAGUACAGAUUUCUAGACGAAUACGAUCUCCUGUGACGUCUUCAUCUAAUACUUGUAAAGUACCUCCGCAACCGCAAAAUGGUCAAUGGAAGUUACAUCCAGACCAAUGCCCAGGUGAACAGGAAUGUAACGUUGCACAGAGAACGGAAUUGGGAUUAGGAUCUCUUCUCGUCUACUCUUGUUAUACGGGAUUUAAAAUAAGAGGUUCGCCCUACGUGAGCUGCAUUAUUGGAGGAAAAUGGAUUAAUAUACCAGAUUGCGUACCAGAUAUACGCUGUAAACCUUUAAGUACAGCAUCUGUUGACGCUACAUGUACGUAUGAUGAUGAAUGGGUUUCAUGCGGAUCUUCUGUACGACCGGGAACAAAAGCGACAUUAAAAUGUCGAAAUAGUUAUCGGCCUGAAAAUAAUCCAUUUUCUAGACAAAGAAACAAUGUGAGAUGUAAUGCAAAUGGUCAAUGGGAACCGGAACCUAUGCGAUGCAUUCCAGAAUGUGGCAUUAUUCCUCGUGAUUUUGUACCACUCAUUGUGAGCGGUAAUCAACCAAAUAUCACGGAAAUUCCGUGGCAUGCCUCACUAUACCGCAAUGUAGACAAGCAAAAGCAAUUUUUUUGUGGGGCGACUGUUAUUAAAGAGAAUCUCUUGAUAACGGCGGCUAAUUGUGUAUAUAAUGAGAAAACUAGAAAACUAGUUCAAGCCAAAUCAAUUUAUGUAUUAACGGGAAACAUCUAUCGCGAUUACGAUUAUCCCUCUCACGAUCAAAGACACGUUAACAAGAAUCAGGUGAAACGUAUUUACAUCAGACGCAGUUAUCUAGGACUUGUAAGAAAUUAUCUUUGGGAUAUUGCGAUAUUAGAACUCGUCACGCCAUUCGUAUUGUCAACUUGGUUGGUUCCAGUAUGUAUAGAUAUUAUAAGCGAUAGCAGUGUAUUAAAGGUCGGUUCUUCUGGAAAGGUAGCCAGAUUUGGUAGAACACAUGGUGAAUCUAGCAUGGUCCUGCAGGCUUUGACAGUGCCCGUGAUUUCAUUUAGCCAAUGCAGUCAACAAUUUGAAACGGAACAGUUUAUCACCGUUGACAAAUUUUGUACAGGCUACACGAAUGGUUCUGGUAUUUGUGAUGGUGACAGUGGUGGUGGAUUAGUUUUUAAAACCAAUAAUUUGUGGUACCUCCGUGGUAUUGUUAGUCUUUCGUUCGACAGGAUACAAAAGCGUAGAGAUGUUUACUGCUACUACUACAACUUGCAUUCUUUAUACACAAAUGUAUCAAGCCAUAUUUCAUGGAUACAAGAUGUCAUUACAAAAAUAGAACAAAAUCAAAUCCAAAUCUUAUGCUCAUCUGAGUCUCAAACUAAAUGCUCAUAUUUUGAUAAUAAGUAUUCCCUUUUAUAUGAACUCGGGUUCUUUUAGUGCCUCUUCUUAGAUGAUACAAAUUGUAAUGCAGUUACAUUUUCGCCGGGAAACUAAACAUGUAUAUAUUUUAUUAUUUUAUUAUUAUAUAAAAUAUAAUAAAUUAUUUAAUAUUUACUAUUUAUGCAGAUGUAAACAAUCAGCAUCAAUUUUUCAGUUUGUGGAUUUUAAAUCGAGAAGUCGCAGUUGAAACGUUCACAUCAUUUUUAUUUAACAAUUUCGCUAAUUUCUUUUCCGAUUCAUCAUCAGAGUUUGUAUUGUUGAAAGUCCCAGAUAAAUCUAGCUGUAUCUAUCACUUUUUUCCCUUCUAUCUAAAUUUGUUCUGAUCGAAUGAUAAAUAAUGUAUCUUGUGUUAUAAUUACAAGUAAUAUGUAUUUCAGCAUAGCGUUAUUUAGCACUUCAAUUAUUUGACAUUACUUAAUUAAAUAUUUAAAAAAUCACCAGUUAAUAUUAAUUGACUGGCUCGCGAUGUGUGUAUGUGUUAUUAAUGAUAUAUUUUAUUGUUGUUACCAUGUCUUUUGAUUUAUUAUUAGAUUUGUUGCGAAAUUAAUAUUAAAUUUUUUGAAGACGAAUUAUUCCGGAGAUAAAUGUAUCGACAGGUGCGUUACGAAAAUUAUGGUAUAAUAUACGCCAUAUACGGUAUGGAUAGUCUUCCUGAAGCAUUACAAUGAAAGUAAUGUGAAGAAGUAAAAUAAUUUCAAAAGGCAUAUAUCAUAUUUGCAUCAUAUGGUGAAUUUCGAAAUUUUAGGACAAACGUAUUAUAUUCUUUUUAAACACAACUAUAGAUUUUUAGUAUUGGAAACAUAUAUUGGAACGUAGCUUUAGUGCAUGAUAGACUCAUAAAUUUUAUAUAAAAUACAUUUUAUUUAAAAUAAGAUAAUCUUGAAAUAUUUCACCUUUUGCUAAAUUUAUGAGUUAUAUACCAAAAAAGAAAACUUAGUAAAAAUUAGCACAGACCCCUACGCAAGGAUGUGUUGUGAAAUUAUAUUUCAUUAAAUUAUUGCUAAAAUCUUUCGCUUUACUAAAUUGAUGAAUUUAUUAUGUACUGAAAAUGAAAAUUUAGUAAAGAUUAGCACAAGCCUUCGUAUAAACGUUUAUAUCGUCAGGUUUACAACACGUAAAAUUAUCACUUGAAUCUUUUACUAAAAUACUUAAAAAAUUUUUUAUAUUUUAGAAAAAAAGUAACAAAAACAUCUGGCAAAACGAAAUGUAUAGAUUAGAUAAAAAAAUCGGCUUGAUUAGUAAAUGUAAAAAAAAAGCUUUUUUUUGAUAUUUCACCCAUUAAAUACUGGUGCGUUCAUAAGAGUAAAGAAAUAGCAAUAUCGGGACAAAACAAUUGUUUUACAAAAGUUAUUUGAAUUCUAAGAUACUCUUUUCACACGAAGAAUUUCACAAAUUUCUUUUUCCUAACUCAUUUAAUAAUGAGCCUUUUUUUGAUAAACUUCAUAUUAAUUCAUUCAUCAAUUUGAGCGAAAUGAGCAUAUCAAACUAAUUGUAAGUGAAAUUAUUACUGCAGUUAGGAGAAAAAUUUGCUGUAUCUUUUAGUAAUUGUAACAGAGAUUACCAUUAUUGAAUUAAUAAAAUUCGAGAAAAGGA